AUGUCCUCAUCCACCAAGCCAUCCCCCGAGAGGUAUGACUUCGGUGCCAAGUGCGCAGAAUCCUCUCUUACCAAGGAUCUCAGCCAGCGCAUUGGGGUUGCACCAGAUGCCCUGGCGGAUAAGAUGGUCAAACUCAACCUGCGACUCGCGCGCAAGGCAAAUCGCCAGUUUUCCGUCAUCGUGGAUAUCGUCGACCCGGAACUUCUGAUGAAAUUCACGCCGGGCCGUAUCCUUUCUCGGAUCCUGGAACUGAAGGACGAAUGUUUCCAAGCUGCGAGGUCUUGUUCCCGUCGCAGUCCGAAAACCAACCAUCUGAUCUUUCUCUUUGAUACGCUCGAAGCCGCUCGUGCUUUUCGCGAAAACGGGCACAAGAUUCCGGCCAAGCUCUCCACGAAUAUGAAAUUUGAACCUGAGAGCUUCUGGGUCUUUUGCAUGGACUUUAACAUGGAUGACAUCAAAACUUGGUCCCGGAACAAGGGACCUGGUAAGGAAACUCAGUUUUGGUAUCUUCUCCACCCCCAGGGCCGAACGAGAGAGUGGAGCCGCCAAGCGGGGUUUGGCAUUGUCAAGGCAUUUUGGAAGUCGAAGCGGCUCUGGAUGAUCCUAGACGACGAGGCAAAGGCUAAGCGAGCCGUCAGUGGCAACAGGGUGUUUACCUUUGAUGGAAUUCAGACGCGAUUAGGUUCAGGCGACCCUCACCAAUUCAUCAAGCAGUGUUACAACUGUCGAGACAUUGGCCAUAUGGCCCGUGAAUGCCACUACCAGAGGCGCUGUCCCAUGUGCUCUUCAAUGGAUCCUGAGCAUGCCUAUUCUACUGAAACAUGUUCAAAACAGACAUUAUGUCACUUUUGCAAAUCCAAAAAACACCGUUGCUUUCAGUUCAGCGAGUGCCAAGAUCCGAGAGUGAAGUUCGCUGUUGAAGAGGCCGCGCUUUGGAAAGGCAAAGCAUACUGGGACACAGAAUCAAGCAACGAGGAUCUAGCAUCCUCGCCCAGCUCCCUUGUUCAGCCAGAUCUUUCAUCUUCACCCCCCUCCGAAUCCCCCUUGUCAUUCUUGGGCGAAGACCUUUCUCUAGAACAGUCAUUUGGGAAUGAGGAAUCAUCAUUUGACACCCCCGCAUCAUGUCCUAGGUCUCCUUUUUCACAGGCCUCUGCGCAUGACCAGCGAUCUCCUUCACCUCCAAUCUCUCUCGACUCUUCUUCCUCAAGCAUGGACGAAUCAGAUGAAGAUUUCAUGAGCGAUUCAGACGAGGACGAGGACGAGGACGAGGACGCUGGGUUUGGUCCAAAUGUGCAGAGCGUUCCAGGGAUGUUCCAGUUUUCUAUGGAUGAUGCAUUUGACAUGGUGGAUCUGUCUCGUUUGCGGCAAUCCUCUCCACCUUGA